AAGCCCAAUGAAGAUUCCAUAGAGGAAGCAAGAGAGAAUAUCUGGAAUUGUCCCUCUGAGAGCUUGGUUGACCAGAGCCGCAGGGAAGGAAAGGAAAGGAAAGGAAGGAAGACGACGAUGCCGACGCUGACGAAGCUCUACACAAUGCAAGAAGCCUCGCAGCACAACACCAAAGACGACUGCUGGAUCGUCGUCGACGGCAAGGUGUACGAUGUGUCAACAUAUUUGGAUGAUCACCCUGGUGGAGAUGAUGUAAUCCUUGCUACAACUGGCAAAGAUGCCACUGACGAUUUUGAAGAUGCUGGGCACAGCAAAAGUGCAAAGGAGCUCAUGGAAACCAUGUGCAUUGGAGAGCUUGACACAGACACCUCUGCCUCAACUGAACUUGAGAAUCAACCAACUGGUUAUCCGCAGAAGCUCAUGACCCUGACAAAGCAAUACUGGGCUGUUCCUGCGGCUGUUGUGGGCAUCUCUGUGGUGGUUGGCUUCUUGUACUUGCGCAAGAAGAAUACAUGAUUCUGCCAUUGUUACUCGGAAGGGAAUUAGUCACAAUUUUGAAUAAUUAGGUGAUUAGUAAUUGAGAGAAGUGGCCCAUUGGCCAUUAUUAUAUGAUUACAAUUUACAAGCAUUGGGAACUUGCACAUUGUGAUUCAGAGAUCAUUUUAUGGAUUUCAGAUAUGCCAUUGACAGAUUUUCAGUAAGAUGUUGACUGAAAUUUGGGAGUUUACUGUUC